CGCCAAACCUUCCUGGCUACAAGUUGCUGCAGAGGAACGCGGACAUGAACGGGAACUUCUGGUACUCGUACAAGCAGUCUGCACAGAUCAAACAGUUCUACGACACUUGCAUCCCCGAAUGCGCCACGGACGAAGACGUGUACGACUCGAAGAGAGACCUAUGCAGGGUUACUGACGGGGUACUGGUGACCUGGUUGAACGGCGAUGGGCAGAAAUGUGCUACUGGCACGAAGGGGGAGCGAGCGAUCAGGACGGCGACGGCGUCUCUCUCGCAUGCCAACGGCUACUUCUAUGCUCCUGAUGCCUCGGGCAAAGUGAGGAGGCUGCUGGAAUCUUGUCACUCGUCUUGCGCCAAGGGAGACGUUCUUUUGCAUGAUAAACGGCACUGUCAGGUGAUGAACAGCCUCGCUCUCAGGUUCAUCUCCACGGGGGUUGGAACGUGCGAUCGAAAUUUGCAAGCGAGGAGGAUGAUUUCAACCAUGGGCACGACAAGAGAUGUGCAGGGAGCGUACAUGUACCCCAAAGAGCUCGGCAACGCCAUCGAGCAAUUUUACUUGAGUUGUAUGCAAGGUUGGAAUCGCAAGGGACGGGCAGGCAUCCGCACUAUCCCGCACAGCUCGGAGACUGUGGGAGGGAAACCUCUGCGAGACGACGCGAAGCAGCGGAGACAAGCUAGGAACGAGAGGAGGUGGGAAGAAGCUGUUCUGCAGAGCGACUACAACUGAGAGAGGACAGGGCGGGAGCAUACGAAGCAACAAUCUUACAAGAAACAAACACAAGAGAAGAACUCACCAUCAACUAUCUUACGAGAAACAAACACAAGAGAAG